AUGGAUUUUUCAACUCUUAAUGACGCUGAACGUGCGCAUGUACAAAAAUUGAUUGAACAAAAACAGAUGCGUGAUUUUAUGAAAUUCUAUACUGGUCUCGUGGAGCGUUGCUUUAACGACUGCGUUAAUGAUUUUACUUCGAAAGCAUUGACUACAAAAGAAGAAACAUGUGUUCUUCGAUGUACCGAUAAGUUCAUAAAGUACAAUGAACGGAUCAGUCUAAGAUUUGGCGAACUUAAUCAAGAGUUUAUGCAACAACAGGCUGCUGCUGCAGCGCAACAACAGCCAGGAAUGAAUCCAUAG